GCAGGACAUUGUGAACAACGGCCAGAUGGCUCGUAACCUGCGAGCCUAUUGGCCCGAAAUUGAGUCAAAAUUGAUCCGCGUUGGCAUCCUGCAGCAUGCUGCCAUCACGCGCCGCGAUGGCCAGCAGGUACCUUGCUACCACGUAAAUCCAGUCUAUACCUUACUCGGCCGGACUGCAGUAACCAAGGGAGCCUGGAAGGAAGCCAAGUUUGCUUAAGUCCGUCAGGCGCUGCUUUGGACACCCUCAAAACCUUUCGCGGACGACAAGUAUCGAAAUGAAUGGACUGGUGUAGUAUGGGAUGGGAUGGAACAACACGAGGACCUUCUCCACAACAGGCACGCGCAAGGUAUGGGCUGGGCAAAUCAGGACGGUGAACCGGAAGAGCAGGUCAAGCGCAUGGGUGUCACCUUGUUCUCCCUCCAUUAUGGCGCGUCCGUCGGCUCUUGGUGGACGAAGCCACGACAAAGACGGCUGCUCAUUCCACACAUUCGCCAACAUUUAUCGUAUGUCCACAUGAUUGCAAGUGAGCGUCCUGCCUCUGUGCCGACAACAUGGGACCUCUUUUGCAUUAUGGACUACUCAUGGGCCCUCUAUCAGAUUGAAGCGGAAGACACAGUACAGUCAGGCAAAGCUCCGAUCGUCAAGUCAGCUCUGGAAGUUUUUGAGAGGUGGAAAGCCAAUAGUCCUCCCGGGACAGUCCUGCCGCCGCCAAAUGAGGUCACCUGGUUCCAGCUUCGUUUUGCCGAAGCAAGCAUCAUGGAUCGGUCGCUUCAAUUGCGAGAAGCGAAGGAGUUGUUCGAAAGGAACUUGGCCGAUGACCCUGUAACUACUAAUGCUGGGAUGCUGAACAUUAUUAGGCGUUGGCAUCUGCAGAACUUGCAGAACUGGGCCGCCUGUGUGGUUAGGCUUGCUGUACGGGACGGUAAGGUAGCGAAGAAAGAUUUCAAUGCCGGAAUGCAAGCUAUGUCCAAUUUAUGGAAACCGAAGGGCAUGGGCCCUGCUUUGUCGGAAAUAUGGACCCAGUAUGAGCAGGAAAUCGAGAGUUUGAAAACUGGCGAUCAUCUCGGCUUUGCCUUGGAUCUUGAGAAAGAGGCGGUGUCCAAGUUCGGCAGUUUUGCAAAGAGCAUUAUCGACGCCCCCAUGAUGGGUGUGUUCGCGGAUCUAAAGCCGGAAAACGGCACUUCGGUUUUGAAACUUGUGAGCCAGAUGUUGGAAUCGAACAAUACCGACUCACAAAAGAUGAAAGCUCUACUCGGUGAUGUGGAAUCCGGGAUCCACAUGAUGGCUGGUGACACAGCAGCAGCAGGACGGGCCAUGAACUUCUCCAUGCAGCGGGAGGCGCCCAGCUCCACCACCUCCACUGGAUGGGAGAACCUCGCGGAAGUACACAUGUUCCAAUGCGGGCUUGCCAUGAUGCCACCCGACAAGCCGGACUACAAGAAAGGACUCGCACAUCUCCAAGAGUGGUGGAAGCUACAUCAGGGCAUUAGCAUGUGGAAACAGGACCAAGUCUGGGGACUGCUGAAGCUCACCACUUGCUACCACGGUCUUGGCCGGAUCGCAGAAGCGGGCAGAGAGGUCAUCAAGUGUGUUGAAGUGGGGCAAGGAAUGGGGCCGAAAGAUUGCAUGGAGGGUAAUGUGGAAGGCGCUCACAGACAUAUUUACAACGAGGUCGUAAAGCUUCACCAAUUUGACGUUUUCUUGGAUCCGAUGGUUCUUUUCUCGCGAGCUCCGGAAAUAGCAGGGCUGUCGCUGAAGGAGAGGGUGGCUCUUUGCCAGAUCGUCAAGGAGGCCCACGAGGUUGUUAAGAAGGAGGAAGAGCUGAAGGAGCUUUUGGAGGAAAUGCGGAAGCAGUUUGCUCCUCUUGGUCUGGGGUCCUUGGGCUUGCAAAAAGGCGACCAGAGGGGCUUGGAAAAUGAGAGAACGAUCGGCGAAAGCAUGGCAGAUAAUUCAUGGUUCUUCUGAGGAAAGAAGACCAAUCGUAUAAAUCGAAGCACUAGCCUCAUCACGGAGGCAACUUGGCUCUCCCUAUGAUUUAGUGCCCAG